AAUUAAACAUGGAUGGAGAAACUGCAGGUGAAAACAAGUCCGAAGAAGUUGAAGAUUAUUCACAGGGUUCUGUUGAAUGGUCUGACGAAGAAACGGAUAUUUUUGAUCACCUGGGUAUCGAAGCCAUAGAUGGAGCAUGCCGGCUAGUUUAUCCAGACCAACCGAACCCAUUACAAUUUGCUGCAGUGCAAAAGUUUUGGCUUGGUGGACCUGAUCCAUUGGAUUACAUUAGUAUGUUUUGUAAUGAGGGUGAUUUGAGUAAAAAUAUUCCACCACAUUGGCAUUAUGUAAGCUAUGGUUUCAGUGAUUUACAUGGAGAUGGUAGAGUGCAUAGGCCAUCAGAAAGAGGUGAAGCUAGUGGAUUUGGAUUUGAAUUGACCUUCAGAUUAAAGAGAGAACCAGAUGAAACUACCCCACCUAUGUGGCCGUCAAUUUUACUGAAUAAAUUAGCAAAUUAUGUGUUUCAAACAGGAAAUGUACUUCAUGUUGGCGACCAUAUUCCGUGGAAUAAAGCAUUAAAUGAUGACCCAGAAUCUCAUAUUCAACAUAUGUUAAUAGCUGAAGAUCCACAACUUUUAGAUCUUGAUACACAGAAUGGUACCCUAGAUUUUAGACAGGUUGUGGGUGUAACUGAUGAUGAGGUAAAAUCAGCACAGAAAUGGAAAGGAACUGGUGUGUUGUCAUUACUUUCUAACAUGGAAGGAGUUGGACCAUUUUUUGUUACUGAUACAAAGAGAAGUAAAUCUGUAUUUGAUGAAGAUCCUAAUUUAUCUGUUAUGGUUGCUGAAGGAAUAGAAAAAGAUGGUUCUAAUUUAGGUCAUGUUACUGCCGUGUGUUCGUGGUCAGAAUCAGCUGAUAGUAGUAUCGUGAAUACAUCUGCAUUUCUAGAAAGACUAGAUAUUAGUGAUGUAGCAGAAAAUACUCCACCUGUCCUCCCUGAUUUUAAUGAUGUGGUUUAUAAAGAAACACCUGUUCCAGUUAAUCUUAAUUCUGUUCAUUUAUACUUUGAUGCUGAAGCAGCAGAGUUACUGCCCAUGGUUGUAAGGGCAAGGUUAAAGAAAGGUCGAUUUUUUAUUUUUCACAAUGUUGAUAAUCUUGCGAUUCAUCUGCUGCCGUCCACAACACAAGAUGUUGGAGAAGUGUUUGUCACAGAAAAAGACCCAAUUAAAAUGCAGGGAACUUAUUUACAGAUUUAUUGCUCAACUGAUUUUAUCGAGGAAAUGUCGAAGAAAUUUGAGUGCUUACAGGUGAAUGAAGAUUCUGAUAAAACGAAAGAACUAGUUUAUCCAGUAGAAUUUUCAUUUUCUAAUCCUAAAGUAUAUAUAACGGUCUCGAAGAAUGGAAUUGCGUAACAAAAAUAUUCAACUUAAAACUUAGAUUGUUGUGAGUAGGGGUGAUGAUUUUAUACAUAGAAAUGAUGAAAAAGAUGUAGAAUCUGGCAUUUGAAACAGCAUUUAUUUGCAAUUUGAAACACAAAUCGUGGAAAAGCCCAUUUCUCCAACAAUCUGUAAAUUUGGUCAUAAAGUACACUUAUUGCUGACAUUUUAUUUUCGUAAUGCCCCCUCCUCCUCCGCCAAAUUUAAUUUUCCUUGGUCCAAUGCAAGAACUAAGUUAAAAUUCUGGUCGUCUCAUUCUAAUCGAUGAGAGUUAAUUCCCUUGUAUCGACUUAUCAAUCUGUAGCUGCUCAAGACACACUGCGCUACAAACUAUGGUAUACGUGCUCACGCAAUAAUAGAAAUAUCCACUACAAAUAGGGCCAAACAGUAUCAAAAUAAAGAUAUUAUUAUAUAACACUGAAAAAACAGCAAAUUCAUCUCAAGAAAGGGAAAAAACGUAUUGCACAAUGUUUAAAACGGAAUUUCCCAUUUUGUGAAACAGAAAAUCAUCACCCCUGGGUAUGUAGGCAGCUUUUCAUAUGUAUUUUUGUUAUCUAGCAUAUAUGACACAAAGAUUACUUUAUAAUUAUUAAAAGAUUGAUGCGUCGCUAAAAUAUCUAAUUUCUCACACAGCUUAAUCCACACUACCAUGUACUCAGAUUGAUUAUUAACGUUUAAUUAGGAAAAAAAAACCCAAAUAUCAACGGGAGAUAAUCUCUUGGAUUGGAUUCAAUUGAAUUUAAUCUAGGCCCAUUAGGUUUCUCCACUAUCAAUACAAGAUGGCUGCAUCUUGUUAUGCUUGAGCAGCUAAGAUUGAUGGAAUUUCAAUUUAUUAUAACUCGGUAAAUACUGAAUGGAAUUGAACUUUUUUGGACAGAUAUUCCAAUUAGAGAUUUAUCUUUUAUAAUAUUGUAGUCUUCAAGUGAUUCCUAUAGUUUUACAUGACACAUUCAGUCUUUAGAGAAGCAUUAGCACUUUGGUGAACAGAUAACUUUUCAUGGGAUGUGAUUUGACUAGAGCCAAAACUGAGAUUUAUGCGGAUUUAUGGUUGAUUUAUGACCAGCAAAUUUGUUAGUGAUUUGUUUACAAGGAACAUGUGAGAAUAUUUGAAUAUUAUUCAAAAUUAAUUAUAUUUAUUUUCUUGGUUGAAAAGGUACACAAUACAUAAUAGAACAGGACAACACUUUGUUUCACAUAUGAGUCAGGUACUUAGACAGUGUGUAAGACAGAAUUAAAUGGGUAAACAUGAGUGUGUUUUCUACGGUCUAAUACAUCUAUUAUCACUUCUCAAUAGCAUACAUUUUUGGUGCAGUUUUGUGGCUUAUAUCAUAAAUGUUAUAUUAUGACUUAUAGUUGAUAAUAUGAAAGUAAAAGACCUUUCUACCCCCCAAUCUCAUUAAAAUACAGAUUUAUAUUUCGUUUCUUUUUUAAUACUUUCGAUGGCUUCCACUACGUUAAGACCUAACCAGUUGUAAUGGGAGGUUGCGGCAAUUUUGAUCGUUGAAAUAACCAAUCAUCAUCGAUGUUCCAAGUGGUUUCUAUAGCUGCAAAUGUCACAUGAUAAGAAAUAUUUAAACCAACUCUUUCAGAUCCUGGUGUUGUGAAGCCAAAACUAUAAACAACAAAAUGAAAUAAGAUCUGUGUUUUAAUUCGAUUGUUCUAUCCUUUUAUUUUGUGUAUAAACAUAAGGGUAGUCACAUAUUGGUUAUAUUUUUAAUAUUAUGUUAUAUACUCUUAAACUCUGUGAUACUCCUCCUUGAGACAAUUAUAAUAAUAUAUUUAUAAGAAUUUAUUUUUUAAUAUUAGAAAAAUUUUGAUUACACAUUGUAUUUAAAAUAUCUCUGAACAUCAUUCGCAUAAUUCAGAAACUAUCAAAUUUCCCACGGCUUACUCCAUAUUAAAAAAAUUAACAAUUUAAAAAACAAAAGAGUAGAUAAUUUCCCAGCUUGGAUUCGGUUGAUCAUUAGAGGGUUCACAAGGUUUUACAAAGGGCUACAAUGCUAGAAGUAAUUAACAGAAAUUCUUGAAAUACAAUAUGCUGCUUCGUCCCACCAAUGUAAACAACAUAUAUAAAUUUCAAAACGAUGGGAUGAUAAUGUAGUCUGUAGAGUGUUCACAAAAUCUUACAAAGUGAAACAAGGGCCAUAACUCUAGAAGUAAUUAACGGAAAUUCCUGAAAUAAAAUAGGCUGCUUUGUUUCACCAAUGUAAACCACAUAACCGGUAUUAAAAUUUCAAAACGAUUGGAUGAUUAAUGUAGUCUGUAGCGAGUUCACAAGAAAUUGUGAACGACAGACGAAGGCGGCUACAAUUUACAACCACAUUUUUAGGUGGGCGUAUGGCUAAUGCAAAUCAACAAUUUAAUAUGUAAACUAAACCAAAAGGUCAAUAUUAGAUUAUCUCCCAGAUUGGAUUCAAUUGAUCAAAAAGAACAUCACAAGAUUACCGUUGCCGCCGGCUUUUGAAUCCAUUUUUGGCAUCUGUAAAGGAUUUGAAUGUUGACAAAUUUACAAUUAAUCUUAUAUUUGUAUACACUGAACAGAAUUGAUCCAUUUUUUGUAAUGAUAUUUUCAAUAUUGUAGCUUGCAAGAGAUUGCUCAACACCCUCACAUGACGUUCAGAAACUUUAAUGUUACCGUACUUAGAAUUAUUAAUUUUAAUUUUAUUAUUUCGAACAUCAUUGAAUGUACUUUAAGAUUUUGCACCAGCUCCAAUCUGAUUAAAACACAGAUCCUAUUUGAUUUCGUUUUUUAUAGUUCAAAAUUUCGUUUUACUUGUCUUUACUACACUAGGAUCUGGAAGAGUUGUUAUAUUACAGGCGUUCUAGUUGAUCUGAGGAAUUAGCCAAUGAAACGGUCUGUUACAGCAAGUUCUUGGCGUACGGAACUGUGGGUAAACCACUAGAAAAUCAACGCUGAUUGAUUAACCAAUGUCUGACGUAAUAGGGUCAAAAGCCGCUUGUAUGACCCAUGAUGUGAUCUCCCUGUACAACUGGCCAGAUCUUCAUGUAGUGUAGGCCAUUGAAAGUAUAAAAAAACGAAACGAAAUAUAGAUCUGUGUUUUAAUCAGUUUGGAUGGACAAGAAAGUACUUAAAAAUGUUAUUAAACCAGUGUUGAAAUCAGUUUGUGUCAGCAUACUUUUAAUAUUUUCCUUGUUUACCGUGGAACAAAGUAGAGCAGCUUUAUGGUUGUGCUAAUAUAGUAAGAAUAGUUAACUAAUAUUAAAUACAUUCCUUUUUUUUUAUCAUUUUCAGAUGGUAUCGUAUAUUUAUGUAACUUCGAUAGUGCAACUUUACGGCUGUGCUUAUAUUUUCAGAUAUUAUAUAUAAACAAAAAUAUAAUCUAUUUAUCUUAUUUUGUUUCCACCCUUUGGGAAUAUCUUUGUCUUUCAUAUAUGUAUAAGUACAUGCUAGUACGACGUCAUUAGCCAUUAUUUUGUAUUAAUACACGACUUGCAUUCCGUGAUAAAAAGGUCACACCAAAUUAAUUUUCUGUUCUACAAGGGCAUAAUAAAUAAAUAAUCACUGGAAAAAAAUAAAAGAUGUUUAUUUAAAAUUUGGAGCUAAAAACUUUUGAACAUUACAACCAAAAUGAGUUCUUUUCCCUAAGAAAAAUUUUAACAGUUGUUUUCAAAGAACAUUUAAAAUGUCACAACUCAAAUAUUUGGAGCUAAAACUUUUGAACAUUGCAACCCAAAUUAGUUUAAUCCCUAAGAAAAAUUUGAACAGUUGUUUCGGAGGAACAUUUAAAAUGUCAAAACUUCAAAAUUUGGAGCUAAAAGCUCUGGAACAUCCCAACAAAGUACUUUUUGUAUAUAAAUUAGUUUUUUUUCCCUAAAACAUAAGAAAAAUUUGACAGGUGUUCAUAAUCCUUUAGUGGCAUUUAACGAUUGGAAACAUAACAGAAAUAACACAGUCACAGUGUAUAUGGGAUAAUAAUCACUGGUUUAUUACUUGUAUACACAAGCACAAUGUUUCGAUAAUUAUAAUUAUCAACAAUUAAUUAAGUAUGGCUUCAUAUUGUACAUUUAUAUAGAUCUAUAUAGACCUCCCAGUUUACUAUAUAGUAGAGGGGGGGGGAUGGCCUAGUGGUCUAGAGUGCCGCGCUUCGACCUCUAACUGGCCGGUCAACUCUGGCUUGUAGUGGUGGUUUCGAUCCCUGGUGUUAGCAUAUGUGGCUUAGAGAUAGGGGCGCCUUCUCAACAUUGUGGGUUUACUCUGGGUACUUCUGCGCGUGCGCCAAGUUACUGAAAAUGUAAAAAGAACAUUUGUCUGCAAAUUUUAGCUUCGGUGGAAGCGGACAUUAAACACUAAGAACAACAACUAUAUAGUAUUGUGCUUGAUAACGAUAAGAGGAUACUAAAAGAAACGUUGUGCUUGUGUAUAAUAAACCUGUGAUUGUAUUCCCAUAUAACUGUGUCAGUUCUUUGACAAGUUUUCCCAAAGAACAGAAAAUCUAAUUGCUGUGGCCUAAUUGUUAUAUAUUACAUAUCUAACAUAUCUUUUAUAAAGCAUAAAAUUAUUUUUAUUUUGCUAUAAUCAAUUUUUAUUUUGCUAUAAUCAAUUUUUUUUAUAUAUAUUUAUUCAUAGUGCUAAAUAGUAUUUUUGGGUGUCAGAAAUGUCCUUUUUUGGGGAAAUGGCUUUGUGUAUAUGUACAAAUUAUACUUCACAAAUAAAUUGUUUUUUUCUGUUAAAA